GGGUUGUGGAAAGGCAAAGGGUAUACCCCGACAACGAAGUCUAAAGCCUCUACGUCCGAAGGUUGACUCCUUCCUCGAAAGCUCGGACGCGGUGACAUAGAAGACUCAGUGAAUUCUUGAAUCAAAAGCAGAGACUCGCCAUUACUGCUACCACUUAUCAAAGCUGUCUGGCUGAGCGUUGCAGGUCAAAACCCGCUCUCCGGAUCCUCGAUUGCCGACAAUAAGUAGUCUCUCACCUGACCCACGUCCCCUGGAGUCUGACCCAUAUGCCUAUCUUCCGUUGCCGUCGACUACCUUGAAAUGACUUUGAACGCCGGUUUCCCGGCACCGGCGUUAGAAUCCAUCCGCCACUCUUUAUCGGAAAUAUGUGUCCCCGACCAGAGCUACUCCUGGGAAAACCCUAGGCGGUUUUCCGGUUAUGCAAAUCGGCUUCAGCUUCUUUUAAAUCAGUUCACCAGGUCCUCGCCGGAAAACUGCUCGGCGUCCGUGCAAACCGCACUGAAAGGGAUCUCAGGAGACCUGAAGAAAGCAGCUGAGACAUUAUCAGUUUACAGAAACAAAAGCAAAAUAUUCGUUCUCAUCAAUUGUCACACCCUGUGCACAUCUCUCGAGGAGUGUACAAUAGCAAUUGGAGGAUGGCUUGCCUUGCUCGAUUCUGUUCUUCUGGACAACCCAGACCUCCGCAAGAAGGUGGCCGAUCUCUCCUCAGAAAUGAGGCAACCUCAGUUCAGAGUAACGGAGAACGAAGAGAGGGUUUACUUGACCCUAGAGAAAGAAGGGCAAGGUAGACAAACAAGCAAAGCAGUCCAGAGCGCUAUAAUCAUGGAUUUAGCUCGUGCUCUCGGAACUGACCCUGGAAACCACGCUGAACUAGCAGAGCAGAUCAAGCUCUUGAAGAACGAUCUGGUCCGGUCGAAUUCUGUUUCAGAGAGACGGAUUCUGAUGUCGCUGGAGAGAAUAUUUGAUAGUUGGUCCGUGGAACCAAAGAUUGUUGCCACAAAUUUGGAUUUUGAUACCGAAGAGGAUGCACACAUUCCACCCUUCAAGAACUUCAUCUGCCCAUUAACAAAGGAAGCCAUGAAGGAUCCUGUCGUCCUGGAAUCUUUGCAGACUUACGAACGGACGGCAAUUGAGUACUGGUUUCAGCGGUGUAUAGAGGAUGGCCGUGAUCCAACGUGUCCUGUUACUGGACAGGUCCUUAAGUCCUUGGAGCAGAAGCCAAAUAUUGGUCUUGCCGGUGCAAUUGAGGAGUGGGUUACUAGGAACAUUGAUAUUCAUAUUAAAUCAACGGUGCAGCACUUAAGUGAGGAUUCUCUUCCUUCACCAGAAUGCAUCCAUCAGAUUUUAGAUAAUAUAUAUAAGAUAUCUGAAGAGCACCCAUCGAGUAGAUAUAGAAUAAGGGAUGCUGGCGUUGUUGUUCUCAUCAUCAAUAUGCUGAAAAACAGUUCAAAAAAUAUUGGAUCGCAAUUGAGAACAAAAGCUCUUAUGACUUUGCUUAGCAUGGCCAAAGAUGAAGACAGCAAGCUAAAAAUGCUAGAAGAAGGUGUGACUAGAUUGGCUAUUCACGGUCUUAUUGGGAGCUCAGAUAAAGAGAGAGAGUAUGCAGUAAAGUUAUUACUUGACUUUUCAAGCGAUGAAGAUUAUUGUGCAAAAAUUGCAUCAGAGAAAGGAGCCUUAGUUCUCCUCUCAAGCAUGGCUGGGAAUCUGGAGCAUCCUUCUUUAUCCAACCUAGCUGAGGAAAUCUUGAAGAGGAUGGAAAAGAUUGAGGAUAAUGUUCAUCAAUUAGCAGCAGCAGGGAGAUUUCAACCUUUACUUACCCGGCUAUGUGAAGGUACUGAUGAAGUUAGAAUAGAUAUGGCAUCAAUUCUUGGGAGGAUGACUUUGACAAAUAGCGGUAAAGAGCUCAUUGCUAGGCAAGGUGCCAAAAUACUUGUUGACAUGUUGUCCAAGCCAGAGGCAAGGAAACCAAGCUUGCAAGCAUUGUAUAAUCUGUCCACCCUGGAUGAUAAUGCUACUAUCCUUGUUGAUUCAGCUGUGCUCCCCGCCCUUACAGAUAUCCUUCUUAAGAAUCUGGAUGCUCCAUCUGAUGUGAAGGAAUUGUCAGCAUCAAUAAUUUCAAACAUAGUUUCGAAUCCAGGUCAUUGGGAAUUAGCUUCUGCUGACAGAGAAGGAAAUUUGAUGCAAUCAGAAGUCAUUAUUCAUAAUCUUUUGGGGCUUCUGUCUGAUGCCUCCCCUAAAUGUCAGAUUGCAGUGCUUCAGAUCCUCUAUGGAAUUGCCACUUCUCCUCAGGCUUCAGAAUCAGUGGCCAGAUGUAUAGAAUCCAUUGAUGGCAUUAGGACAAUUAUACAACAUCUUGAACACCAAGAAACUGAUCAUAGGAUUUCUUCUUUUAGGCUUACAAGAAUCCUCUCAGAAAGGUUGGACCAAGUUCUGGUUACCGUGCUGAGAGAAUCCAACAAGCUUCCAUUAUUCAAAAACAAGCUAUUGGACAACCAAUGUUCAGAUGGUGAGAGAUCUGAGGCUGCAUGCAUACUUGCCAACAUACCAUUAUCAGAUGAUGAGGUGAAAACAAUCCUAGAAAUCAGUCUUGUUGGAUGGAUAGUCACUGCUCUCAGAGAGCAUCGCCAUAGCUCUUUUCGGAGGACAUCCAGGCCAACAUCAAGCAUGGUGGAAGGGCUUGUUGGGCUCUUACUUCAUUUCUCAAAGAGCCCUGAUCCAACAAUCAUGAGCAUGGUUCAAGAGCAUAGGCUAAUGACAAUAUUCUGUGAACAGCUUAGUUUCCCCUCAAAUUCAAGAGUGAAGCAGCGAGCUGCUUGUGGUUUGAAGUACUUGUCUGAGUAUGGGAGGGUACAAGCCGCAUCCAGGGACUCAGAACCACAGCCUCCAAAUGGGUUCUGCUCCUUCUUGACGUUCAUGUGUGGAAGGGCAACUAUGGUCCCAACAACUUGUCCCAUACACAAUGUGCCAUGUGAAGAUGACAGCCAGUUUUGCUUGCUGAAGGGUAAUUGCAUUAAGCUUCUUGUUGAUCUUCUGACAGAUCAAGACACCAGUGUUCAAAUUGCUGCAGUAGAGGCGCUUUCCACUCUUGUUUUUUGUGAUACUUCUCAUGGUCUCAAGCGGGCUAUUGAUGAACUUGAAGAACUAGGCGUGAUUGAUGCUGUGAUCGAUCUGUUCACAGAAGUCCGUCCAGGGGAACUUCAAGAGAAAGCAAUUUUGAUUGUAGACAGGGUCUUGAGAGUAGACAGCCAUGCCCAGCGGCACUCCUGCAAUCAGACUCUUGUCAGGGCAUUGGUAGAAGCUUUUAAACAUGGAAAUGCCAACACAAAGAGGUACGCUCAGGAUGCUYUGACCAAUCUAAAGCAGUUGUCAGGGAUCAGUGGAAAGAACUCAAAUCAAUCUCGAGGAUGGCGAUUACAUACUGAACCAUGAAAUGAGGGUAGGGUCUUGUUUCAGAUAUCAACUCUGCUCAUGUAUGCUACAGUCAAAUAUCUUUGUAUAAAGUUAUAGUCUCAUUGAUUUUUCAGGUCUUUGUCAAAUAAAUACAAAAUGAUGAUCUCCAUGGUUUUUAAGGGCCUUCUAUGACCCUUAUUUUAUAACAGCAUUAUAAUGAUAUAAGAACGGUUAUUUCUGUUA